UUGGUGUUUUUGGCUUUAGUCAAGUCUUUCAUCUUUCUGAAGCUUUGUGUUCUGAGAGCUAGACUUUAAGAGGUACUUCACUCUUAUCCUUGAUAUGUGGAUCCUAUACUGGCUUCGGAGUUUUCAGUUUGUUACGUUGUACUAAAUACAUAAUUCCUUAUCACCGCCAGAGGCCAGUUCGGUGGACGGCAAACCUUUGUAGCUGUUUAUUUAUUGCUCUGAUAAUCUGAUUGCGACAUUGUCGUCUACUUGUUGACUUGCAGCAAUAAUCAUCGCGUCUGCGGAGAAUGGGUAAACGUCACGGCAAAAAUGCCACUGCAAACCCUGUCUACAGUUAUGCCGAACUGAAAAAAGACAAUAGACAUUCGGGAUACGGACUGGUCCAGGCUAGACUGGGUAAAGACUCUAUCAAAGAUUUUGACUGCUGCUCCUUGACACUGCAGCCUUGCCGAAAUCCUGUUGUAACACCAGACGGGUAUCUGUUCGAUAAAGAAGCUAUUUUAGAAUACAUUGUCCAGAAAAAGUUGGAGAUUGCCAAAAAACAAAAGGCUUACGAAAAGUGGAGACAAAAAAAGGAUGAAGAAAAGAAAGCAACUCUGGAUGUCUGCAACAAGGCGAAUGUGGACAGGUUUCGCAAGGCAACUUCCACAGUCACGACUCCUGGAUCCAGUACAGCCACCGAUCCAACGAAACCUAAUAAUUUUUGGGGCUCAGCUGCCGCUGAUCAGUCAUUAGAAGUACCCCUCGAGAAGCCAGACACCACCAUCAGCAAUCCCCUUAGCGGCAAGCCAAUUAAAGCCUCAGAUCUGAUUCCCAUCAAUUUCACUCCGAUGGUGGAUGAUGACAAAACACCAUUGGCUUCCAAGAAAGUGCGCUAUAUGUGUGCGGUAACGCGUGAUGCCCUGACCAAUUCCGUUCCAUGUGUCGUGUUGCGAACGUCGGGCAAUGUCGUCACAGUAGAGUGUUUGGAGAAUUUAAUCAAAAAAGAUAUGAUCGAUCCUAUUAACGGCAAGAAAUUAACGGAAAGGGAUAUCAUUUAUCUCCAGCGUGGCGGUUCAAGUUAUGCCGGCAGCGGAGUACAGCUGGAAUCCAAAGUUAGCAAACCAUCCAUGUCGUUCGGAUGAAUAUCGUUCGCUUCUUCUGUCUGGCAGUUCCGCAGUGCUUCCUUUGUGUUUCUGUUUCUGAAGUUUAAUUUUGAUUUUGCGGACUUGGUUUUAUUGUCUUAUUUGUUCCGAAGAAGUGGGUAAUAAGAAAGCAUUAAGAUAUGCAUUAAUGGUACAAUAUUUGAGUCUCGGGAUGUUUUGAACUUUGAAUACCAGAAAAAGCUGUAACGCUAGCUUUGUUUGUGUUUUUGAAAAAAUUAUGUAUCUGGCCCCUGGGAACAGGAAAUCCGCUAUUGCGAAUUGAACUGGUGAAGCAAGUAACAUGAGAUUUUAUUUUUA